AUGUCUCGUCGUCUUCUCCUCAUCAACGGCCCAAACCUCAAUCUCCUCGGCACACGCGAACCUCACAUCUACGGCUCAACCACCCUCGCCGACGUUGAAGCCUCCGCCUCAACACAAGCAACAUCCCUCUCCGCAAGCUUAACAUCCUUCCAAGCCAAUUCCGAGGGCGCCAUAGUUGAUCGCAUCCACGAAGCGCGAGGCAACGUCGAUGCGAUCAUCAUCAACGCUGGUGCUUACACGCACACGAGCGUAGCUAUAAGAGACGCGCUGGUGGGAGUUGAUAUUCCGUUUGUGGAGGUUCACAUCACGAAUGUCCAUGCGAGGGAGGCUUUUAGACAUCAUAGUUAUCUGUGUGAUAAGGCGGAGGCUGUUAUUUGUGGGUUGGGGGUUUUUGGGUACAGUGCUGCGAUUGAGUAUGCUGUUAAGCAUCUGAAGUUGAGGACGAAGCUGUAA